AUGAUGUGGCAUACCAUCAGAGCUAAAUAUCUAUCAUGGUUUGCUAAGCUCCUCGCCAGUAACGCAGUUGACUUAGGGGACAGAAUUUGUAGUGAUGCCUAAAAUGUGAGAUAAUAAAUACAAAAAUGGAUCGGAUUUUCCGAAAACAUCACCUUGACGACAGAACUUAGAAAUUCGUUGAAGUGUGGAAGAUUACUGUUCUCAUCGGGAUCUCCAAUUUGAGCUGUUUCGCAAACUAAAUCAACACCAUCGCCGGCCAUAAACCAGCUACAAAGUGAUGCCUGCGCAUUAUCCCUUGAUAGCCUCAAGGACAGCUGAGUAUUGAAAAGAGAGUAGAGAGAAAUGAAAUUACUAAACUCGUCUUCAAGGUUAGCAAAGUCGAAAAAAUGGUAAUCAAAACGAGCAGUGCCUGCUUCGUAAAGUUGAAUAACAGCUAGUAAAUUUUUCGCAAUUUUCAAUCUUUGGUGGACAACAUGGCGUAGCGUUGACGAGAUCAACCCACAAACGAAGGACCCAUUAAACAUGUUCGUAGCUUCCGUGAAUGUUGGACUUCUAGAGGGAUCAGAGCAAAUAACGUCUUUCAGGAAAAUAUCCAAGAUUGAACUCCACUUCUUCGCUAUCUGUAAUAGCAAAACUUAUAAUAAUUUAAAAGGAAAACCAUGA